GGUACCGGUGCAGCCGGCGGCGGCGGCGGCAGCGCCCGUCUCCGCCAGCGGCCCGCUGGGCGGCGGCGACGAGAAGCGGGACGCGUGCUCGGGCGCCGUGCUCAGCACCGUCUCGGCUGUGCUCGGCACGGUGCGCGAGCUGAGCGCCGAGGUGCAGCAGCUGCGCGCGCAGGUGCAGCUGCUGCAACACCGGCACAAGCCGCCGGCGCAGACCUCGCCGACGGACGUCAGCCGCCUGCUCGAGACGGCUCUCACUGCCCACCAGAGGCACAUCGAGGAGCUGCUGGCGGCACGCGACCGUGAGGACCGCCAGCGCCUGGAGCGCCAGGUCACGGCCAUGACCCAGUGUGUCACCGGCGCCAUCAAGCAGAAGGUCGACUCGGCCGUGCGGCAGGAGUUCAAGGAGCACGUGGUGCCACUGGUAACGAGCCGCCUGAAGCCGCUCGAGGGCCAGAUCCGGCACGAGAUGAGCGCCAGGAUCGGUGACGUCGAGGCUGCUGUCAAGGAGUCCAUCACCAAAACCGUCGGCGUCAAGGCGGUGAGCGAGGCGGUGGCGCACGCGCUGACCCAGAGCCUGCAGCAGGCCAUGGUGGCGCGUUACCGCGAGGUGUUCAGCGGCACCGCGCUGCCCGCCUUCGAGCGCUCCACGCGCGAGCUGCUCCACCAGAUCAACAACACAUUCUCGGCUGGCACCAAAGAGUACCUGCAGCAGAUGGAGUCCCAGGGUGAGCGGCUGCGGCGGCAGCGGGAGCCGCUGCUCCAGCACCUGCAGACGACGGUGGAGGCCGUCCGCCUCUCGGUCGACCACGUGGGCAACACGGUCAAGGAGCACCACCAGCGUCAGGAGAAGAGCAAGCAGGACGAGACGGCAUUCCUGGCGCAGGUGCGUGACGAGAUCCGGCGCAGCGUCGCCGCCUGCCUGGAGGAGCACAGCGCGCGCGUGGCCACGCCCGUGACGUCGGCCGGCGCCGCCGUCAGCGGGCAGCCGCUGCCCCAGCAGAUCGUCCAGCUGAUGACGUUCAAACAGUACAACGCCGCCUUCCAGCUGGCGCUGUCAGCGUCCGACCUGGAGCUGGUGAUGAUGACCUGCGAGCUGGUGGAGCCGCAGCAGCUGUUUGCUGAGUCGCCGCCCUGUCCGCUGACGCAACCCGUGCUGCUGGCGCUGGUGCAGCAGCUGUCGGCCGACCUCGGCAAGAAGACCGACCUCAAGUGCAGGUACCUGGAGGAGGCCGUGAUGCAGAUCGAGUCAAACCACCCGUCUACCAGGGAGCACCUGCGGCCGGUGCUGACCGCGCUGCAGACCCAGCUGCAGGCCUUCAUCGGCCAGAGCGGCGCGCCGCCGCAGCUGGUGCGCAGCAUGCGCAUGCUGCUCAUGGCUGUGCGCUCGCUGGCGGGGUAGCGAGGCGGCCCUGUGCCGCCGCCGUCGGCUGAGGCUGUGAGGGAGGGCCGC